CCGCUGCCCACAGAUGCCUCCUCCCCACCCAGAGGAGCUGCGCAGCCCGGCACCAAGCCCCGCGUGAGGCAGCAGAGAUGACGCUGAGCCCUGAGCCCGUGAGCAGGUUCCCCGUGCUGGCCACGAUGGGCAGCCCUGAGCCCGGGCCAUCUGGCGCCCCCAACGCCUCCCUCAACGGCUCCUGGGCCGGCCCAGCGGAGCCCAGCUCCCUGGAGGACCUGGCGGCCACCGGGGCCAUCGGGGCGGUGCUCUCGGCCAUGGGCGUGGUGGGUGUGGCCGGCAAUGCCUACACGCUGGUGGUCACGUGCCGCCUGCGCGCCUCGGCCUCCCUGUCCGUCUACAUCGCCAGCCUGGCGCUGGCCGACCUGCUCUACCUGCUCAGCAUCCCCUUCAUCGUGGCCACCUAUGUCACCCGGCAGUGGCACUUCGGCGACCUGGGCUGCCGGGUGCUCUUCAGCCUGGACUUCCUGACCAUGCACGCCAGCAUCUUCACGCUGACCAUCAUGGGCAGCGAGCGUUACGCGGCCGUGCUCAGGCCUCUGGACACGGCGCGGCGCUCCAAGGCCUACCGCAAGGUGCUGGCUCUGGGCGCGUGGCUGCUGGCGCUGCUGCUGGCACUGCCCAUGGCGCUGACCAUCCGGCUGGUCCGCAGGGGCCGCAAGAGCCUCUGCCUGCCCGUCUGGGGGCCGCGCGCCCACUGCGCCUACCUGACGCUGCUCUUCGGGACCAGCAUUGCGGGGCCCGGCCUAGUCAUCGGGCUGCUCUACACGCGCCUGGCCCGGGCCUACUGGCGCUCGCAGCGGGCCUCCUUCCCGCAGACACGGCGGCUGCCCAAUCCCCGCGUGCUGUGCCUCCUCGCGGCCGUCGUGGGGCUCUUCUGGGCCUGCUUCCUGCCCUUCUGGCUGUGGCAGCUCUUCGCCCAGUACCGCGGGCCUGCGCCGCUCUCGCCCCGCGCCGCCCGCCUGGUCAACUACCUGACCACCUGCCUCACCUACGGCAACAGCUGCGUGGACCCCUUCCUCUACACGCUGCUCUCCAGGAGCUACCGCGACUACCGCCGCCGCCCGCCGCGCGGCCCGCCGGGCUGGCCUCCCCCUGUAGGGCCCCGGGCGCUCACCAUCCUCCGGGGGCUCGGGAGGGGCCCGCGGCCCCCUGUGAGCACCGGGGUCCACGGUGGGAGGUGGCCUGAGCCCUGCAGGGGACGCCCCCGCCCCGGAGGGCAGGCUGCCACCCCCAGCCCCUCCUAGGCCCCCACCGCCCCCGUGACUUAGCUGUCUUCCAGAAAGUUCUCUGCUCUCCCUUCCACAUGGCUCCGUGAGUCUCAUUGGUCCCGCCCUCUUCCUUGUGCUGCCCAGAAGGCCCCACACCCAGACCGACUAGGAGGGUGUGUAGGAGGCUCAGGCCCAGAGCCAGCUUCCGAAGAUCACAGCGGGACUCCCCGACCCACAGCAGUGGACGUGAGUGUGGCCGGGGUCUGUGGUGAGCCGCGGUGGCCCGCUGCUCUCCGGGCCGGGGUGCAGGCCCCGGGCCACCUGUCCCGUCCCUAUCCCUGUCCGUGCUCCCAACCACGGGCACCGUGUCAGCACUGGAGCAAUAAAG